CCGACUGAUCACAUCUGUCAUCCUACAGUCUUCCAGCGGCCAAGCAGUCCUCUACUCGACCCACCACCCCUGGACGUCAGGGUUCCAUGUCUCGACUGGGAUGCAUGUCCUCUUCAAGGUUAUAAAAACACAACGUCCGUGCGUUUCUGUGUCUUGAUAGCUUUCGGUCAAACACCUGGAAUGGAAGAUUUCCAGAGGACGCCGAAGGCGGUCGACCGCGUCUUGUCGUGGGCUCCAGAGCAUUUGAAUCGUUGUCGCCACGUCCUCCGCGAAUGGACGCGUAAAUGCGCUUCGAAUGGUUAAUUAAACCUCGUUGUAGCGUACUGUCAGAACAAGACCCAUCACCUCUCUGGCCUUUACGCGCUCAUACUAAGCCGGCACGCGGCCGCAGCAAUGACAUACCGAUUCUCAUGGCACCUGCCCCGCCUAUCUAAGCGCAAGCAGUCUGUCGGGUACCAUGCGUGCCGGCGACGAUUGACCCUGCUGGCUGAGCGAAUACUGACCGGUUCCAGCCUAGGAUCCGUAGGCUUGGUUCGUGGCCUCUUGGACGCGCUUGCGGUGUCGGUUGGCCCGGGGUCAUGAAGACAGUCGUAUAAAAUGAAUCAGGCUGUCAUCGGCUUCUCUGGCCGCGUCGCUUCCCGCAGUCUCCCAUCUCUAAGAGUUCCUGCGACCCACGCCGCUCACUUGAUACUUCAACACGAAGUGCGAAUGAGUGUAGCCACAUCGCGUCUUCCCUCUCAUUUUGCCCCGGCGCAUCUUGGAUCUUCCUCCGCUACUCACUUCACUCUACCCCUAGCCUGCGGAGAGCGAUGGCGUAUGCUCAUGUGUGUGCCAGCACUAUCCCUCAUAUACCCCCCAAGGCUAAGUGGGGCGUUUCCGAUAUGCCGAACCUGUCUGGCAAGGUGAUGAUCGUCACGGGUGGGAACACUGGUAUUGGGAAGGAGACGGUCAAGGCAUUGCUUUCUCAUGGCGCCAAGGUCUACAUGGCGGCGCGGAAUGAGACGAAGGCUCAGGCCGCGAUUGCCGAGCUUUGCAGAGAGACAGGCAGAGAAGCCAUUUUUCUGAGAUUGGAUCUCGCGGAUCUGCAGUCGGUGAAAGCUGCAGCGCGGGAGUUCCUCAGCAAGGAGAGCAAGCUCGACGUGUUGUUCAACAGUGGAGGGAUCAUGUUCCCUCCUGUGGAACAACUGACUGCCGACGGCUAUGACCUGCAAUUCGGCACGAACGUACUCGGCCACUUUUAUCUGACGCAACUGUUGAUCCCCGUGCUGCUCUCUGGCGCGUCGCAUUCACCCGACGGACACGCGCGAGUGAUCAACACAUCGUCUGUGGGCCACGCUUUCGUUUCCGGCAUUGAUUUCGAUACAUUGCGUGAGAGUGCUAAACGAAAGAAGCUCGGCACGCACAAGCUGCACUUCCAAAGCAAGUUCGCGACAGUAGUCUUCUCGAACGAGCUGCAGCGGAGGUAUGGAGACCAGGGCAUCGUGUCAGUCUCGUUGCACCCAGGCAAUUUGAAGACAAAUCUGCAACGACAUGUGUCAUCGGUUGAGAAAGUGCUGACGGCACCACUGCUCUAUCCGGCAUCGAUGGGAGCUUUGACUCAGUUGUGGGCUGGUACAUCACCAGAAGGCCUAGGAUUGGGUGGAGGUUAUCUGGUUCCGUGGGCCCGACGAGGGACGGCACGAGAAGAGACGCAGGAUGGUCAGCUAGGGAAGAAGCUGUGGGCGUGGAUGGAGAAGCACACAGGCGACGUCUAAGCACGAGAACGGAUGUUCGCGUGUACUUAUCUUCUCGCUGAAUCCACAUACGCUUGCUCU